AUGCCUGUCGAGGUCGAAGUGGACACUGUGCUCUUUGAUAUGGAUGGCACGCUCAUCGACUCUACGCCAGCUGUCAAUGCGACGUGGGUCGAGUUUGCCAAACAGUACCAGCUGGACAUCGACCAUGUGCUACACUACGCACAUGGCCACCGCACGGUAGAAAAUCUCAAGCGCUACAUUCCUUCGUUGGAAGGUGAGGAGCUUAUGAAAGAGGUUGUCCGCUUCGAGAGCCGCAUCCUAGACAUUGCCGAGGCCAACCUGCAGCGCGCCAAGGAGACUGGCUCCACGGAAGGCACCAUCAUUCCAAUGCCUGGUGCCAAGAAACUGCUUGCGGAGAUCAAUGCCGGGCGUGACGAGAACCCCAAACGACGACCCGGCUGGGCCAUCGUGACAAGUGCAGCCACGAGCGCCUAUGCCCAGAAGGGUUUCAGGGCAGCUGAUGUCGCCGACCCGCCCCGCGCCUUCGUGACAUCGGAUCUUUGCUCCAAGGGAAAACCGGACCCAGAGCCGUAUCUGAAAGGAGCGGAGCUGAGCCACGCUGACGUGUCGCGCUGCAUUGUUGUAGAGGAUGCACCACCCGGUGUCUUAAGCGGCAAGCGGGCGGGCGCCCGCGUCCUGGGCCUGCGCACAACCCACGACGGCGGCCGUAUGUGGGACCAGGGAGCUGACUGGGUCGUGCCUGAUCUGAGCUAUGUACACGCCCGCUGGGAGGGCGAAAAACUGUUGCUUACCAUUGACGGUGAAGCGCGCCCCUGA